UACCUCCAUCACUAUAUACAGUGAUGCGUCAGGGUGCCCACUCCUCUCAGUUCACCUCCUAGGCCAGUGGUCGGCAAGCCGCGGCUCGCGAGCCACAUGCGGCUCUUUACACACUUCAAUGCGGCUCUUCUGUUUGUUCUUUGAUCUUACCUGUUCCUCGAUCCAGCCGCGCGCUGUCUUCCCGGCUUCUGUAAUGGGCUCGGCAUGACAGCCGGGUGCCCAGUGCGCAUGAGCGAGAAGCACUUGCGCUUUGUGAUUGGUCCGGCGGCUUCUGGGAUCUGUCAUGUGUCCCAGGUACCGCCUUACCAUUCACAAAAAGCACCGCUUCUUGCGCAUGCGCACUUGGCACCCGGCUGUCAU